AUGCCCGUCCAGCCUCCGCAAGCCUCGUUCCCCGAGGGCGCCACCGCCGUGCUGCCGUGCCGCCUGGAGCAGGGCCACAUCCAGGACUACCACGUCCUCUGGUUCCGGCAACAGCCCGCUGAGCGGCCGGCCCACGUGCUGAAGCAUCGCCUCGACGGGCAGAUCGAACGAACCAGCGGCUUCGACGAGAGGUUCGCACCUGUCCGGGACGCCGCGGCCAACAGCUACCUGCUGCACGUCCAGGAACUGCGCACGGAGGACAGCGCCACCUACUGGUAUGCGGAGAUCGACUCCUUCAGCGUCGCCGUCUCGGGGGCGGGCACGCAGCUCAGCGUCACGGGGAGGAGACAUGCCUCUUUCCUAGGGGAAUCGACCAGGGAACCCGCCAAGGUCAUCCUCUUGUCUGACGCGGCUGCCCACCUAUCGGAGUCCCCCGAUCUCCAUGCCUUGUGUCUGGCCGAGCAGUUCUACCCGGGCUUUGUGGAGAUAACAUGGAGCAUGUCUGGGAACACCAUCGUGGAGGGGGUGACGCCUGGAGAAGUUAUCUUGAAUGACGACGGCUCCUACAGCGCCAGCAGCGUCCUGACAAUCCCCCGCCACCUGCUGGGCAAGAAUGCCUCUCUCAAGUGUUCGGUGCACCAUUAUUCUUCCGACUCCAAGGCAGAGAGGAGUCUCAAACUGUGCUAG